CGUCCAGUUCCGUCUUAAGAAGACGGAACUGAGCUGAGAUUGGUGGAAUCCAAUCAGCAAAGAGGAAAAUUACAGGUGGUGAUAUCACCUGCUGACUUACCUAUACUGGAGUCUGCUGUCUUUGACUAGAGUUAUGCCCAGAGGUCAUAAGAGUAAACUCCGUGCUAGGGAGAAAAGGCGCAAGGCUCGAAGUGACACCCAGUCACUUCAGGAUGUUCAAGCAACAGAGGACAAACAGUCCCUGUCCUCUGCUUCUCUUUCUGGUGGUAAGCCCCAGAAAUCCUCUGUUGCUGUGCCAGGUAGCAAAACCCGUGGUUCACGGAAAGUCAACAAUGCAGGUCCUUCCAGCCGAAAAUCUGGCGAAGGCGCCAAGAGUCGAAAUGAUGAAAGGCCAAGUACCUCCCAGGCACUGUCCCACACUGAUCAUCCCAAUAGAAGGCCUAUAGACCAGAAAGCCAUUAUGCUGGUGCAAUUCAUGGUACGCAAGCAUAACAACAAGGAGCCUAUAACAAAGGCAGAUAUACUUAAGCAUGUUAUCAAAAAGCACAGUGCUCAUUUCAAUGAAAUCUUUACAAAAGCUUCUGAGCUAAUGGUGCUAGCAUUUGGUAUUGAUGUGCUGGAAGUCGACUCUACCCAGCAUUACUAUGUCCUGGUCAGUAAACUGCAGAGUUCACGUAAUAAGAAGAUAACUCCCAAGACUGGCCUCCUAAUGACUAUUCUUUGUGUCAUCUUUAUGAAAGGCAACUGCGCUACUGAGGAAGAUAUUUGGGAAGUGCUUAAUGUGAUGGGUAUAUAUGAUGGAAGAAAGCACUUCAUCUAUGGUGAACCCAGGAAGCUCCUCACUCAAGAGCUGGUGCAGGAGCAGUACCUAGAAUACCGCCAGGUUCCCAACACUAAUCCUCCCCGCUAUGAGUUUCUCUGGGGCCCAAGAGCUCACAUGGAAACUAGCAAAAUGAAAGUUCUAGAGUUCUUGGCUAAAAUCCAUGAUACAGUGCCUACUGCCUUUCCAUCCUGGUAUGAGGAGGCAGCCCAAGAUGAGGAAGCGAGAGCUCAAGUGACAAUUGGAGCCAGAGCCCCUACUAGGGUCCUUUCUGGCAGAUUUUACUUCUAAUUUAACUAAAGCACUUUCCUCACUGCUUCAAGUAAUGUGGGGAUUUGGUGCUAAAGGAAGCAUAGUACAUAUCACACCUGUAUUCCUAUUCUACAAGAAUAAUUUGCAGUCAGCUUUUGUUAUGGUUGAAAGUUUUAAAAUAUUCUUAAACAUCAUUUUAAAAUCUAAGUGUAAAUGAUAUUGGUUGCAUAUUUCAAUCUGUUUAUGCAGCUGAAGAAUACCAGAUUUCUAUUCUACAAUGUAAAUUGGACAUUUCAUCUGAACACACAAAAAAACAUGACACUGGAAUAGACUUUUCCUUAUAAAUGUGAAAAAAUAAGCAAUAUAAUAGUUGAGAUCAAAGAGAAGAAAGUAAAAUAUGAUCAAUUCUUGGUGUUCCUCAUUAUGUGUACUAUGCUGUUCCAUAAA